GCAGCUCAUUGACCUCAUUCGAUAAAUAAAAGGUGGUUUCUCAGCUAUCACGUCGGGGUUUUCAGCUCAUUGACCUCGUUCGGAUUCGCCUGAUUUCUUCGGGGAUCGCAUCACUUCUUUCUUUCCCUUCCCUUCUUGCCAUUACCCCUCCUGCCGCGUGAUCUUGGUCAGAAGCCUCGUUUGCUGUUGUCCUGUGAAGAGGACGAUGGGGCCUUCUGUCUUGUGCCCCUCUCUUGUCUUUCUAUUCUGGGCGUUGGUGAUGGUUUUUCUAGGGAUUCCGUCCGUCCAAUCUCUCCGCUUCGAUCUUCCGUCGGGGCACACUAAGUGCAUAGCGGAGGACAUCAAGAUCAAUGCCAUGACUGUCGGCCAAUACAACGUCGUUAAGAAUGAGGAAGGAGCAUCUCUCCCGGACCACCAGAAGCUCACCGUCAGGGUUACCUCUCCUUAUGGUAAUAGCGUUCACUUCUCCGAUCUAGUGGAAUCCGGCAAUUUCGCGUUUACUUCGACGGAGGCAGGGGACUACAUGGCUUGCUUCUGGGUCGCGGAUCAUAAGCCACCGACAACCGUAACAGUUGAGUUUGUUUGGAAGACAGGGGUCGCUGCCAAGGAUUGGCCCAGUGUCGCCAAGAAAGGGCAAAUCGAUGUUAUGGAGAUGGAAUUGAAAAAGUUGGAAGAGACUGUCCAAUCGAUCCAUGAAGAGAUGUUCUAUUUGAGAACAAGAGAGGAGGAGAUGCAGGAGCUUAACAGAAACACAAACUCAAAAAUGGCCUCAUUGAGCUUCCUCUCUCUCAUCAUCUGCUUGGCAGUGGCGGGUCUGCAGCUAUGGCAUUUGAAAACCUUCUUUGAGAGAAAGAAGCUGCUUUAGUUUUGCAGGGGUUUGCCUCCAGCUCGUGUUGUAAUGCUGCUGCGCUGUAUAACUUAUUGGAAUUUUUUUUUUGGUCCAUUCUCACUUGCCAUUAUGUAUGCUAUUGCUUUGCAUAGAAAAAAUUUUACACAUUAAACUAUUUUGCGGGAUAUUAAUGAAACUUCUUACUAGAAA